AUGUCACUGUUCACACACUUGUUGGCCUGUCUCUUUGGCAUCGGAUCAUGGGUGGCCAUUAACGGGAUGUGGGUGGAGCUGCCUCUGAUCGUCCCCUCUAUUCCGGAGGGGUGGUACCUGCCCUCCUACCUCACUAUCAUUAUCCAGAUGGCUAACAUCGGGCCUCUCUUCAUCACGCUCAUGCACCGUUUCAGACCGGGCAUGCUGGACGAGCGGCCUGUUAUCUACACCAUCGUGACGGUCGGUCUGGUGGCCACCUUCCUCCUGGCCUUCUUCUGGAACCACACGCUUUCUUUUGGAGGAGGCAAACAUAGCGCUGCCCUACUGUCCCUCAGCUUCCUGCUGUCUGUGGUAGACUGCACCUCGUCUGUUACCUUUCUACCCUUCAUGAUGCGUCUACAGCCUCGGUACCUCACCACCUACUUCAUUGGAGAGGGUCUAAGUGGCCUGGUCCCAGCACUGGUGGCUCUUAUCCAAGGCGUAGGGGUGAUCCACUGCAAAAAUGCCAGUGCUAAUGCAAACUUUAGCAUGGGGAACUCAUCCUGGGGCUUCGAUGGAGCACUUCAGGAACAAUAUCAACCAGCCAACUUCUCUGCUCAGGGUUUCUUCCUGUUCCUCAGUGCGAUGAUGUUCGUGUGCCUGGGAGCUUUCUUGUUACUCAACUUCCACCCAGCUGUGGUGCGGGAACACAAGAGCAAAUGUUAUACUGAUGAUUCUCAGCAAGUGGAGAAGAUUGAUAUGAGCCAGUCCCCAAAUAAUGAAGCUCCAGAACAAAAGCCCAUGCUGGAUUUCACAGAAGGACCUGUUUUAAAGCGACACAGUUCGUUUGGAAAAGGAACCUACAGCAGAAUGCAGCUGGUCUUCAUAUUUGUAGUUCUGGCCUGGGUAAACGCACUGACCAAUGCAGUCUUGCCCUCAGUCCAGCCUUACUCCUGUUUGCCAUAUGGAAAUCAGGCCUAUCAUCUUGCAGCCACUUUGUCUUCGGUAGCCAAUCCGGUGGCUUGCUUCAUUGCCAUGUUUGUGCCAAUCAGGUGA